AUGAGCACGGAAGCAAUUGACGAGAUCCGCCCAUUUAAAGAAUGCCUAGGCUCCUGGAGGCCUGAUAUUCUUAUUGAGAACGCUUCUGACACCUCUGAGGUAGCAGAAAGGUUCGUUCUUUGUGAAAUUAACGCUCGUUUCUCGUUCAACGGAUUUAUCCUCAGUUCCUCGGGCCAACAGGCCUUACAAGAUAUGGGCUCUGAGGACAAAUGCAUGUUGAGUGUGUUAGAACCCAGUGAAGUCGUUGACAGUCUACUUAAUUGUUUUGAUCCAACACGCCCGCUUCACCUACUUAAAGGAGAAGAAUACGGACACGAUAUCCAUCUCUUUGUUCACGAUGUGGAACGGCGAACUGGAGCAGCCCCAAUAUUCAUUUCUCCGGAAGACCUUCGACUAGUACCAACUGACAGCUCCAAGUUCGGAUAUAAAUUAUGUAGCACGGUGAAAGAGGAGAGUCCUCAAUCCCCGGGUUCCAGUCAAAAUAGUACUAUGACCAAAGCUUGGCGAUCAGCUAGGUUUAUUUAUAGUGGAGAGAUACUUGAGGAGGUUCACCAGGUAGGCCUAGAACUACAUCAGCGGGAACUACGUGAGCUAUCUCCUGAAAUGCUACGCCACUUGGCUCUCCGCUGUUUCAACGAUAUGCGAACCAUUUUCCUCGUUCAUGACAAGCGGAUGCUUGGAAUCUUAUUACAGGAGCUCGACUCUCUUGUUACCAAUCACGGCGUGUUAACCAAAGAACAAGCACGGGCUCUCCGAGAGGGCAUCGUAACGACCUAUCUUCCUGGCUCUCAAGAGCUGGAACAUAUGAUUGUCAAAAGCAAGUGUCAACCUGAGCUAAAAAAUAACUAUCUCCUAAAACCUAUUCGGAGUGGCAAAGGCGCCGGUAUUAUCUUUGGCGACGAAAUUUCAAACAGUGAAUGGCAAGAUAAGUUAGAAACCCUCCGGCAGCCAGACAUAACCUCGGGUCAGCCUAUCUACAUCGUACAGCGCCAAAUCAACCAGCCCACCUAUCAAGUUCUCGCCCGCGAGGAAGAUGGACUCCAACAGAACAGAUUGGUAGGCACCUAUCUCGCCAUACAUGGCAAAUUUCUGGGACUGGGAAUUUGGCGCUGUGGACCGGGACGCAUCUGCGCAGUGAGCCUUGGGGGCGCUGUUAUUUUUUCUGUGUUGAGUUCAGCUCAUCGUAUCGAAACGCCCAGGCGGAGCUGCACAACUUCAAAACCCUUGGGCUGGUUUCGGUUGUUGGGCUCCUGGGUCAAGACACAGUUGGCAUGCAGUGCUAAGAAUAUAAACUAG